CCAUCCCAACCCAAGUCCCUUAAACACAAACACACGCUGACACACUUACAUCAAGUUAGACGUAUACAUUGAUUGACGGAUUGUUAAAUAUCAUACCACCUGGAAUGGCAAUAAAAGAGGAGCUGAGGAGCCGUCAGUUUUGGCAGGGGGUUCUGGCAGAGAUCCUUGGUUCUCUGGUCUUUGUAUCAGCUGUGUUGGGUUCUUUAGUCCCGGGGCAGGACGGGGUCUCCCCAGGGCCCAUUUACCCAGCACUGGCUGGUGGUAUGGCAACCGUGGUUCUGGGAUACUGCUUUGGUGAAAUCAGUGGGGCUCAGGUGAAUCCUGCCGUCACUGUGGCCCUUAUGGCGACACGGAAGGUGGAUGUGUUCAGGGCUCUGGUUUAUAUGGUUGCUCAGUGUUUGGGUGGAAUACUGGCAACUGGUCUGCUUUACCUCUGCCUGCCCCUGAAGUCCACAGCACAAAACUACCUCAACAAGGUCCCUGUGGACAUGAAUGCAGGACAAGCUCUUGGGAUGGAGAUACUGGCCACAUUUCUCUUGGGUUUUACAGUAUUCUCAGUGGAAGAUCAACGCAGGAGAGAAGGCAGUGAACCUGGAAACUUAGGCAUUGGGUUCGCUGUAACCACUGCCAUCUUCAUUGCUGGUAGAUUCUCUGGUGCUAGCUUGAACCCGGCUCGGUCUCUUGGUCCAGCUAUAAUACUGGGAUACUGGGAACACCACUGGGUUUACUGGAUUGGACCAAUAUUAGGUGCAGUUCUGGCUGGAAUAUCUCACGAGUUCAUAGUUGCCCCCAGUGCAUCCAGACAGAAGUUGGUGGCGUGUCUCACAUGUAAAGACAUUGACAUUGUGGAGACAGCUAGCGUAUCACGAUCUUCCCUGUCCACUGUUACACAAAGUGCCAUGAGAAACAAACAAAACAACAAACUUGAGCACAGCUAAACUGAACUUAAACCAAGACCAGCACACACAAAUGUAAACGUUUGUAGACCCCCAACUUGUGUAAGAUUAGUGUAUAGAACCACAUUGGCCCAAACCUGUAAUGCUAGGUUACUUAGUUCCCUCCUUCGCACUGUUAAUAAUUUAUACUGGAAGUGUACACUGUAAAAUAUAAUUUUACUGUAUUAUUUACAGAUAGUUCACGUAUUUUUGAUAUAUAUUACAGAAAAAGCCUGAAAAUUUACCAGAAAGGCAGGAAAAACAAGUAAUUACGAGAAAGAACUGUCAUUUUUACAAUACAUUUCUGGUGGCCCGUUUAUUAUUUUGAAUAAACCGCCAAAUUACAGGAAAAAAACGCAAAUUUACAAGAAAAACAGAGGAAAUUGUGCAGGAUAUUUUCUACAGGAUUUUUAACAGUGUUACUUACACUGUUUACUUUUGACUGAUUCAUUCAAUUUUAGUUGGGUGGCUAUGGCUGUUUCAUAAUAUCUUU